CCUCGCCUCACUCUCCUUUUUCCUCCUGGACAUUCUCUUCACUCACGAUGCACAUAUCUUCACUCAUUUUCCUUGAAAUCAUGCCUCUUGACAGUCUCUGAGAUCAAUCUUUCCUUGUCUUCACAUUCAUUGUUGUCCUCGAGCCUCUCGUUUCGGUGCACACAUCUUGUUUAUUCCUCAAGUCAAAUAAGGACCGAGCAGUCAUGUAUCCCCAGUAUUCAGGAUACUCUGCUGGCAGAGGUCCUUUUCAGCGAAGGGGACAGUCACGAUACGGAGCCAGCCCGUUCGUUCUGCCUUCGAUGAGAAAUCAUAUCUUUGCUGCUGGUUCCCAAUUCACGCAGGCCGGCCACACUCCAUACCACUCUCAACCGCAGCCUCCGCAGCCCAUCCCUAAUCCCCUGCCGAACCAGGUCAACCAUCGUCAGCUUUAUGAUCGUCAGGUGGAGCAGUUUCUAAAUGAGCAGCGCGCAAAGAUCCAACAGCAAAUGGAGAAGCGCAUGGCCAUUCAGCAAAAGAUAGAUCAACAGAAGGCAGAUCAUUUCGAACUUUCAAAGGUACAAGCCAAGCUGGGCGAUGGAGUGUGCGAGGUCGACAACUUCCCAUUCAAAGAUCUGGCAACCGCUCAGCAGCCCAAGCAGUACGGAGUAGUCAAGAUUACUAAUCUCCCUUACGCUGUCACAAGGCAUGAAAUACAUCAGCUGAUGGGACGUCACGCUGGCAUUGUCGGCCCUGAACUCGGUGGAGGCAUACACAUCAUUAUGGAACGGUCUACCGCAAAGACCAUGGACGCCUUUGUGGAAUUCAAAUGCGAAAAGGACGCCAAGCUGGCAGCACGUCGCCUCAGCUUCACCGAAUCUGGACGUUAUCCUCGCCUUGGAACACGCCAUGUGGACAUCACACUCAGCUCACAUGAUGAGUUGCUUCACGACGUGUUCCCUCGAGCAAAGUGUAUCGAAUGGCAAAAUGGCGUGCCAGUAUUGCUUCAAAAUACCGACCCUUACUCUGUUGGCUUCCAGGGUUUCUUAACAAAGGAAGAAAUCCGCGGUUUGGUCGCUCACGCCAAAAAUCCCGCUCGUUCUCCAUUCACCGAACGUUGCCGUCAGCGCGCGUAUGAAUGCCUGAUCUCUACUUUGUGGAAGUUUCCUUGGUUCGCUACCUCCAUGUACACCGUUGCUGAUCGAGACGAGCUAUAUCAAGCAACCAUACAGCAGGUGCUUGAACUUUGUGAGAAAGUCAAACAGCGCCGCGUCAUCGGUCUCAAUGAAGCACUACUUGUCGACCUUCUCCGUGCCGGUGUCAACUGUCCCGCCUUCAAUGAGAGACAAAAGUUUUGCUUAAUUGAUGCUGCUGAGAUGCCAGCAUUUUGGCCUCUUGUUCACCGAAACCAUUUUGAAUUCUGGCCAUUCGACUGCUUAGCAAAGAACAAGUCUGCUAGCGAGUAUGAUGUUAUGUACUACACCCAACUGAUCCGCAAAGCCCUUGGCACUUGUGACAAGGACAAUCUGGCCAUCCCCAACAACUGGCGCAAUCGAGUUGGGCUGGCAAAAGAAUCCCCUUGGGGUCAUCUAUGGAUCGAAUGGAAUUUUCACAACAAGACAGCAAAGUUCGAGGAUGCUGCGAAGCUUGAGCUCCAGCUCGCUCGUGAUUUGAUUCGAGCCGCUCUGAAUGUGCAACCCUAUAGGGCAAUCCAGACUAUCGCAGGGCCUUUGAUUCUCACAAGCCCAGGCCCGACACAGGGUUUCAUGAAACACCAGUCUGACCCUCUCCCAGAUCCUUGGGCUAAGGAGGUCACCAAGCGUGAGGCUCUCAAUCACAAUUCUCCAACGUCACAAUACACCAACCAGAAUCCCAUGACAACUGUAACUUCCGACGAUGACAGUUUAGCUUUAGCUUUUGGAGGUGUCCGUCUACGUUCUGGCACCAGCUCGACUACCACCGGGCCGAUUAGUCACUUUGGCUCGACCAACGGCAGUUUGGCCACGAAUGAAGCUGAUAUCUAUGCAGUAUCGCUGGAGAACAAGCCAAAGGUUCCCAACGACCAUCGGGUUCGGCAUCAGCAUAGUCAAUCAUUUUCGGCUGCUGUACCUCUCAGGGCCCAUUCUGAUCUCAAUCGACCCGUUCCUGUUCGUCGCAGUGGAAGCAUAUCCAUUCCACCUACCAUUCCAAGCGCCAGCGGAUGCUCUGAGGACUUGGACGAGUCAUUGCUCUCUCAUCGCUCUAGUAGACUGUCGCAACCUGCUGCUCUGUUCCCGACAAAUGUGGGUACCGAUCAAAAUACGGACCUGAGCGGCAACAGUCACAAUAUCAAUACUCUGAUGUUGCAGCAUGGAAUCUGGUCUACUACUCCAUCUGACCUGGUCUCCUAUGGUGGUUCGGGCAAAAAUGAUUUCGGAUCAGCGGAAGCAGAAAAUCGUGGACGUAGCGAGCAUUCAAGCCGUCAUACUUCCAACCCCUCGGUGUCCAGUCAGCAACGAGGUCUUACCGUUCUGUCGGAAGACGAGGAGGAUGUGUUUAGCAAGGGCACUUGA